AUGAAGGUAACUUUAACUAUAAUUAGUGUCUUCCUUUUGAUUUUCACGAUUGGUGCUCCGCCUGUGCUGGAAAAAGUAAAUAAUGAUAAAGCACCAGUUGAUACAAAGGGAGAUGAGUCGGACGAAGUGUUAAAUAACCUUGAAUAUGGUCGCUAUUUGAAAGAAGUGGUCGAAAUUCUCGAGAAUGAUCCUGAAUUCAAACGCAAAAUCGAAAAUGCUUCGAUCGACGAUAUCAAAUCAGGAAAUAUUGCUCAACAUCUUAGUCUUGUUCAACACAAUGUUCGUACAAAACUUGACGAAGCGAAGCAACGUGAAAUGAUUCGAUUACGAGAAUUGGUCGCGAAGAAAAUACGUAACUUAAGUGAAAAAGAACGUCUUGAACUCGCUCGAGCACACCCCGAUGCACCACAUGUGAAACAAUUCAUUCCUCAACAUAUCGAUCACCAAAAUGUCGAUGGUUUCAAUGAAAAAGAUCUCGAACGCUUAAUUCAACAUGCAUCCAAAGACUUAGAUCAAUUAGAUCGAGAACGUGAACGACAGUUCAAAGAGUACGAAAUGCAGAAGGAGUACGAACGUCGUCACAAACUUGCACAAAUGACCGAAGAAGAGCGGAAAAAAGCGGAAGCGUUACAUGAAAAAGCAGCAGAAGAUAAGAAACACCAUCCCAAAGUCAAUCAUCCAGGUAGUGUUGACCAAAUGGAAGAAGUUUGGGAAAAUGUCGACCAUCUCGAAGCCAAUCAGUUUAACCCGAAAGCAUUUUUCAAACUUCAUGACAUUAACGGCGAUGGUUUCUUGGAUGAAGCUGAAAUCGAAGCAUUGAUGCUCAAAGAGGCAGAAAAGAUUCAUGAAAACAAUCCCGAAGCUGAUCCAAUCGAAAAACAAGAGGAAAUGGAUCGCAUGCGUGAACAUGUGAUGAAAGAAUUCGACCGAGAUAACGAUCGUAUGCUUUCGUUCAACGAAUUCGAAUUAGGUAUCAAUGGAACUGGUGCUAAGAACGAUCAAGGUUGGCAGUCAAUUGAAGACAGUACCAUUUAUUCUGAACAAGAAUUUAACAAAUUCUCUGAGAAUUUAGAUCAUGCACCUACCCCGAGUGCGCCUCAUCAAGGUGCCGGUGCAUCUGGUAAUCAAAUCCCACCGCAAGACUCCGCACAUCUUCCACGUGCUCAACCUCCUUCGAUCAAUCACUAA